AUGCCAACUGUGCAUCUGGGCAUGGGAACGAGGAUUAGGCAAAGAUGGAAUCAGCCUGAUCAUUCAGAUGACCGCCUGGUGGGAGCUCGCGGCGACUUCAGUCCUCGAUCUCUUCACAAAAGAUCCAACACUACAUUCACUCUCGACAACUGUCACCGGUACAUCACACCUGAUUGUUUGCGGGAACUUUACAAUAUUGCCAGUACAAGCGCCAUCCACCCGAAUAACUCUUUCGGAAUCUUUCAAGUCACUUGGGCCUCUUGGCUUCCCAAAGAUUUGGACUUAUUCUUCGGUAUCUUUUCACCAAAGUCUGUUGGCUUCAGGCCCAUCAUGAAAUCCAUAAACGGUGGUUACUGGCAGGACGAGCUUCAAGGAACAUACGUAAAUGCCGAGGCCGACCUCGAUUUUGAAUACAGUAUGGCCUUGACAUACCCUCAGCCAGUCAUCAACUACCAAGUUGGUGAGAAGUGGCAGACCAGAACGCUGAACGGGCUCAUCGCGGCGUUUGACGGUUCAUAUUGCGACGCAUGGAACUCCUCUAUUGAUGGUGUAUACCCCUCUCCUUCGGAUGAUGGAUAUCAAAAGGCCCACGACUGCGGCACAGUCCGUCCAGCUAACGUUGUGUCCAUUUCCUAUGCCUGGAAUGAAGUCUCUUUUCCGAAGGCAUAUCUCCGAAGGCAGUGUCUCGAGUUUCUUAAGCUCGGUUUGCAGGGUGUCAGCGUCAUAUCGGCUUCGGCAGACUGCGGUCCGGCGGGAACAGGAUGUUCUUGUCUUGACCCUUCUACUGGCCAAGCAUUGGGCCCGCUGUCGACAUAUGGCAAUUUCAACCCCGUAGUGCCAGCUUCGUGCCCAUACGUUACCUCUGUCGGUGGUACGCAAAUUCGCGCAAAUGGCUCUGUCUACGAUUCCGAGGUUGUCUUUCGUCAUUCCAGUGCCACACAUAUCAGCUCUUCUGGGGGCGGGUUUAGCAAUCUCUUUGACGCACCAGAAUAUCAGAAGGACGCAAUUGAUCAUUACUUGCAACGCCCAGAUAUCAAUGAGCGCUUGCAGAACUUGACGGGGAAGUUCAAUCCACUGGGACGUGGGGUCCCCGAUGUAUCAUCCAACGCGGCUAAUUUCGUUGCCGCCAUCAACGGCCAAUUGAUGACUGUCUUUGGGACCUCCGCAUCAGCGCCAGUUUUUGCUUCUAUUCUCACGAAGAUCAACGAUGCGCGCCUACAUGUCGGGAAGAAACCCGUAGGCUUUGUCAAUCCGGUUCUCUAUUCUCAUGCAACAGUCAUGACAGAUAUUGUGGAGGGCUCGAACUAUGGCUGUGGUGUUGAAGGAUUCCACGCGGGACCAGGCUGGGACCCGGUCACCGGUUUGGGAACGCCUGACUACAAGAAACUCCUCACUUUUCAUGUGUUCGCAGUCCUGACACCUCCACACUCGCAGCCAUAA